GGUGGUGAGUACAUCAUAGUGUGGCCACUGCCGCCAGGGGAGACGAGGAAGGACGAGGAAAUAGGCGAGGAAGGAGGUGUUAUGUCAGACUGCGACGUAGACGGUCUCCCGCUACGUAAAGGACCUCCACUCUUCGAGAACAUGGAGGUGCUGCGCGUGGGCCGGGAACUUUGCGAGUAUGGAGACAGCGGCGACAGUGGAGGUGUCCGGCCACUCAUAGUCUGCUUCUGAGGCGACGGAGGGCCAAAAUCUUGGCCAUUUCGACCCUUGCCGCGUUCCCAAAAGCGCAUACUAGAGGGAGGCGAUGAUGGACCAUCUACCUCGCUCGCGCCUGUCAUAGACGCGACGGACGGGGAGCCAAGAUGCCAAUCUCGUCCAAGACCAGUCGACGGCGUAUUUAUGCUCAUACUUGUCGUAGAAGCGGACAUCGACGAGCCCUGUGAAUUUCCCCUCCGUCUUCCGGUUAUAGACCCAACCCCCAUGUACGAGCUCUCCAGAGCGCCUGCGCGCCCGAAGUCCUCGACAUACCCGACCUGAUUGUCGGGAUCGUGGACAGUGACGCUGGGAGUAAGGGAGCGCGCAGAAUCUCUUCGUGAACGAUCCUCGCCUUGAGACUGGUCAUGCCGUGCGCGUUCAUCUUGCUCCUGCUGCACUAUCGCCUCCAAUGCAAGCAUGUCCGCGGGAGACAUGAUCUGCUGCGGGACGUACUCUGUCUGAGGUUUCGGCAGGACGGCAAUCGUGUUCCCUUCUCCGUCCUCCCAAAACGAAGCCACAGAGUCGUUCGGAGAUAGCUGAUGCGCAUACAUCCCUCCCGGUCGACCGUCCUCCAGAGUCAAGCUCAAAACUGACCUGGUGUCUUCCUCGGACGGGGUGUGCGCUUGGGACGAGGGUGUCCGUCGUAAGCUUGAGCCAGAAAAGAGCCGCUUCCUGACCGGAGUAUGCGGACGCCCAGGAGAACUAGACGACUUAUCCAGACUCUUCUCACUGGGAUGAGUGGAUAUAGACAGUGAAGAGAACGACGGGAAGGUCAUGGUAGGAGUCGACCCCCUACGGUUGUCAGUGAUAGUGGACGUGGUACUGUCUGCGUGAUAAUGUGAACUUUGAGAUACUGGCGGGCUCCCAGCAGAGUGGUGAGACUGUCUCAGGUGGGGUAAAGGUGGUAAGGGAAUCCGAGGAUGAUGGAACGAUCGUUGCUUCUUUGGCGGCUUCCCCUUCCCCUUUUCUCGACUGCUCUUUUCAUGCCCGGUGCUGUGAUCGUCCCCAGUGUUGGAAUGUGCGGAGGAAGCGGACAAUGUGCUCGAUACCGAAAAGCGCUGCGCGGCCAUGGCAUUUGAUAUGUUCUGCUGCGAAAGCGCCUUUUUCAGCGUCUUCGCCGGCGAGCCGUCCGAAGUCGCGGACUGCACAAUCGUCGUCUUCGACGGGCUUCGGAGAGCCAUCUCCAAUUCGCGUUCCUCCUUUUCCUCCGAAGCCUUCAUCUUCCCCUUCCCCUUGUCGAUGGACUUUAUCUUGCUUUUUCCAUGACGGGAGAAGUCCCUUUCUCGGGGACUCCAGACAUUGCCAUGGGUCACGAGCACAUCCCGAGUCUCUGAGAUGGAAGAGGCAAAUGACAAACUGCUUCCGGACUCGUCGGAGUCAUCCUGCGCUAUCGGGGUGGAAGGCGCCGUCAUCAAUGGACUAUCGCCUAGAGCAA